AUGGGAGGGAAUAACGAAGCAGUCAGCACCGCCGUUAACGGCAAUGCUAACAAGCUCAAGAUUGGAACGGGCGGUAUGAUGGACAUUGGCAUCCAGCUGCCUCCUUCAAGCGCCGAGCUACAACCGAAGAAGGGGCUGCGAAACGAGGAGCCUGGUAACUCCCUGUGCAGCAACCCCGACUUUUGUCAUUCCCUUUCCGAGUGCGUCUUUGCCCCGCUGGAGCCCUACGAAUGA